GAUGUUCCAGUUAGGCUGACUUGGCUGCCCUGCUGAUGGCAGUUGGUUGGCAGUUGGUGGUGGUAGGGAUGUUGGCUCCUUCUCCACGGGGGUUCCUCCCCUAAAUAAUGACUGUGGUGGCUGAACUGAAAGCAAGGACAUCAGUUUGAUGGAAUAUAGUGUCUAAGAACAACAACAGAAAGGAGCUGAGCUAGUGGAAGGAUCAAGCCCCACACAGCGCUACAGCUGACCAAUAAUAUUACCCCUGGCCAAGUUGCAUCUGUGAGCAGCCUGCUUCCAAGGUUGGUAGUAGUACAAGGAGCAGAAACCAAAGAUCCAGCCGUCUGCAGAGGCCCAGGAGUCCCUGGAGAUUGCUCUUUCAUCAUCUUUCCUUUCAGGGGGUUGCUUCUUGAGUGAUGCAGCUCUUCCUGAUGCUCCUGAGUGCUCUUUUAUCAGAUGCUAUAGUCAUGGAUGGAAAGGUCAAGGAAGCCUUUGUACAGGAUAAGGCUUCUGUCACCUGCAGCUAUGACCCCUACUACAAGAACUAUCCCAAAUAUUGGUGCAAAGGCUAUUACCGUAACUACUGCAAUGUCAUUGCUUCCACACCUAACAGCACCAACCGAGUGUCCCUGAAGGACACAGGAAUGCAAUUCAUCAUCACUCUGACAUGCCUUACCAAGGAAGAUACAGGGUGGUACUGGUGUGGUAUACAGAGAGACUACGCCAGUGACUACAUGGAUUAUACAGAACUGAUUGUGUUUGAUGGUGUGAAAGACACAGACCUACAAAGGAAACAGAACAGAACUUGCAAGGAUGGCAGUUUCGGCUAUAGUGGAAAUCACAGCAGAAGAACAUGUUACCAGCCUGUACUCCCUUUGAGGCUAUCUGUCUUGUCCAUCUGCAUCCUGAUCAUGGGGAUGGGGAUCAUCACCACUGCGAUUAUUUUACUCAGGAGGAAAAGAAUUAAAAAAUAUAAUCGGGGUAAAGUCCUGAUUAGACUCGGAGAUCACAGCCUUGGACCGUCUCCUAUGAUACCCACGCCCUUGUAGAUGACUCCAUGAAGUCCUCCUUGGGCCAAUCGAUGAUGCAGGAAAAGACUCAUGGAAACAGGUGUGAUAGAAGAUUUCUCAAACAAAAAUCAGAAAUAAAAUAAUGCCAUAGCAGAA